UUUUUUCAAUUAAAAAGAUUGUUUUCUAUUUAUUUUUUAUAUUUCUGCCAGAUUUGGCUGCCUAGGUGAAGCGUUGGUUUUGCCAGGAAGCAGCACCGAAAUUGCAAGAGUUCUGUAACCGACAACUAACAAAUGUAACUACACCUCAUUUCAAGAAUAGUCUUUUGAAGCGUGUUUUAAAGUAGUUUGCUCAGAUUUGUUUAACCAUGACGUCCAGGAAUAUCAGUGGAAGCGCAGAUCUAACGGCAAAGAAACUUCAUCAGGAGAACGUACAGCUGAAACAGGAACUUGAAGACCUAAAGACUCAGUAUCAGCAGCUGCUUGAUGAAGGGAAGGGGGAGACGUUUGACAGGAGGCGUGUGAACCUGUUGAAGGCUCAAGUGAUGCAGCUGGAGAGACAGGUAGUGCUUCUUGCGGAGGGACUGAGUUCUCACGCCUCUCUUAACUUGGAGGUGGGGAAUGCUCUCGAAACCCUCACUGACCGAUUAAGAUCGCUCCUAAGCUGUGAAAACAACUCUCCGGAGGUACCCAUGGCACGGGCAGAACUCACUCAAUUAAUUGAACUGUGUCGAGACGUCAGGCAGAGAUUACAUCGGAACAAUAAGGUCACUAAUGUGGAGAACCUUUCCAUGCCCUGCUUGCUGUUUGUGAGGAAUCUGACCAAACAGCCAGUGACCCUGCUGGAUCUCUGCUAUGGGAAGACAAACAACCUGAACCUACAGCAAGUGAGCGCUUUGGAAUCCAAGCUCAGCCAGCUGCUCAAACACCUGCAAGGCAUGAGGCAAACACUGGGCUUGAUCCUCGCCCCAGGACCAGACCCUCCGGAACAAGCCAGGAAGAUCCUUGCGCCAGCCGUCUACGCUAGACUAUUAAAUCAUGCAAGCCGCUGCAAUCUAGCACUGGAGGAGUGCUGCUCGGACCUGCUGACCCUGUCUCUCAUAGUCCCCUCCGCUCCGUGGGCGAGAAUGGAGCAGCGGGUGAGCCAGGAACUGACUACAGAGAAUGUGCUUUCAGUGCUGCCUGCCGUCCCCAAAGGGGCCCCUCAGCAGCGGGCGAGGAGAGCUGCUGAGGCCCUGGUUAAAACCGCAGAUUACUCCCGACUGAAGGCAUUGCAGCAGGUGGAAGCUUUACAGGCAGAGUUGGAGUUCCACAGGUCCCUGUACAACCUGCAGAUCCAGUACACUGAAGCACUGAUCCAGGGAGUCAGGCAAGCCUACCAGGUUUUCCAGGAGAACGUGGCAGAGACUCUGUGUGCCCCUUUGCAAGGGGUGCUUUCAUGUUAUAGCAGCCUGAAAACAACAGCUUCAGAAAGUGCUCUGCGGGAUUUUCUGACAGUCUUUAAAAACAGCUCUGAGCAGAUCCAGGAGGCAGUGGAGGCUCUGAAGCCAUCACAGAACCAAGGAGAUGAGGCCCUCUCACGGUUUGGGAAGGAGUUCUUCCACGCCCUAGAGCAGCUUCUCAUAGACUGUGCAGAGAAGAGGGACAAAGCCUCUCGUGAGCUGGAAUCGCUGAAAGCUGAGUACGAGCAAGCUUGGGAGAGCUUGCAUUCUCUGGAGAAGGAACGCAGAGAAAAGGGCAAAGGCUCCAGCCAGCACCAAAAGUCUGAGGCCGAGAGCACUGAGGGAGGGGAAGGAGGCCCAGUAAGAACAAAAAAUCCUACUGAGAACAAAAAAGCUGCACUGCUGGCAACAUCUGCUGGAAGGGGGGCCACCCAUGCAACUCUGCUUCAACCCAAACACAGCAUUCUAAAGAAAGCUUUAUCGGUCACAGCUCCUACAUUAGAGGAAGGCUCCUCCCACCACCUGCAGGCUGCUCAGAGGUCAACCAAUCACGACAGAGGAAAGUGCCCACUCAGGAGCAAAAGUGUAAAGGUGCCUGUGAAACCUUCUUGGCAAACUUAAGGGCAGCCGUUUUCCAGAGAGGGAGAGAAACUGGAACGCAGGAUCCAGAAGUCAGUCACUACUUGUCUUUAAGUGGAACAAUGGAAAACAGAGAAGUAAAACAGGGAGAGCUCCCAGUUUAAGAGCUUACUGAAAUAACUCUCCAAACUGUGAGCAUACUGCUUCUUAAGGAAAUGAAAAACACUUGGGAACUUUGUCUUUCUGGUGUCAGGCAAAGUGCACAUCUAUUUAUAUCAGCUUCUAGUGCUGCAGCAGUGCGCUCAUUGAGUGUCUGGGUGGUAGAGGAGAACUAAAGGAACUUGCCUUAUAUUAAAAACAAAAUCUAUUUUUAAAACUAAAUAAAAUAUGCAGGAGACUUUUUGCAGUUGAUUAUUUGUAGCAGUUCAGUCAUGAGACGACCUGCAAGCAGCUUUCAUGUUUUAAAGGUGCAGUUUGUCUGUAGCUUGCAUUUAUUUGCUUUAAGAAAUCUCUUAGGGUUCAGAUUCUCAUACAAAACAUGGAGACACAGGCACUGGCUGUUUAAUUGCUAAACCAAAUGACUGUAUAUUUCUACAAUAAAGUACUGUA